CGAGGCAAAGAGAUUCUAUGUGAGUAGUGAUAAAUUUAAUUUUUUGUGAACAUAAAACUUCAAAAAGUGCACUAGGUACUUGUUCAUCGGGCAAUAUCUAUAAAUUAACCUUUUAAAAAUAUCAAGCUCGUAAAUACCAAAAUGAUAACUUUCAAAACUGACAUUUAAUUCUCUUUAAAUGUCAUUGACCUUUUACUCGUACUUGGUGCCAACAUCUUAAAAUUAAAAGUUACUGUCAGCAAUUUGUUACAACGAAUAAUUGAAAAAGAAGAAGUUUAUGAUACAUCGUUUUCUUCAUAUUGUAUUUCUAGGCAGGCAGACAAACACUCGUAUCAAAAUAUUCUGUUUGUUUCAGAUCUGUUAUUGGCACUCUUGAAAGUCUUUCAUGGCGCAGUAUAACUAGCAGAUGAUACGGCUGUGAUUGUUUACAAAUGAAUAUAUAUGUCCUGGCUGACAUACUUUUGUUGAUUAUGUGUUAAAUUUUUAAAGUGCAAGUCUUCUCAUUGCAGAACUUUUAAUGUGGUGCACUAUAAUCACAUACGUAUAGAUACCAGGCCUAUUUUUAAGUUGUAGUCCAGAACUGCCUUUUAAUAUGUCUUCACUUGUCUUGAAAUUAAAAACGAAGUCGGGUCAGAAUGUAGUUGAAGGAUUAACAGCAGCAAGCACUGUACGUGAUCUAAAGACAAAGCUCUGUUCGUUGACGAAUAUAGGAGAAAUGAACCUUCAUGUGCUGAGUGGCUAUCCUCCGAAAGCACUAGACUUAUCAGACAACGAAGCGAACUUAAGAAACGUCGGAAUAUCGUCUGGUGAUGUUUUAAUAGUUGAAAAUAAACCUGGUGCAAAACCGAAAGUGAUUUCAAGAAACGAUGUAAUUCCUGCAACUAGACUGGAUAACGACAGAGUGAGACCUCACGUAACGGAUGCAAUUAGUGACUUUCCAGGGAUUCUUAUGCGGAAAAUAGUUCCUGCGGACAACUCUUGUUUGUUUACGAGCAUUGGCUUUGUCCUUGGAGGCAAAGUGGAUCCCACCUGUGCUUCAUACAUGCGGCAGAUAAUUGCAGAAGAGGUCAUUAAUGACGGGGAUUCGUACUCCGAAGCCAUCCUGGGGAAACCUCCGCGAGCCUACUGUGAUUGGAUAUUGCGGCCCGACUCCUGGGGCGGUGCCAUCGAGCUCUCCGUGCUGUCUCACUUCUACGGCAUCGAGAUUGCUGUCGUCGACACACUGAAUGCCAUCGUCAACCGUUUUGGUGAAGAUCGCCACUAUCCUCAACGCGUUUUCCUAGUCUUUGAUGGGAUCCACUACGAUCCACUCUACAUGGAGCAGGGGGAUGGCGACAGCAUCCAGACAAUUUUCCCGACAUCGGAUGACCGCGUACUGCUGGAAGCGGAACAGUUGGCACGCGAGGCCAAGAGUAGCCGGCAAUUCACAGACGUGGAGCGCUUCACGCUGAGCUGCCUCGAGUGCCGGGUGUCGCUGCGCGGGCAAGCCGAGGCACAGGCGCACGCCCGGGAGACCGGCCACACAAGCUUCGGGGAGGUCCCGGGUGCCCACGUGGAGUAGGAGGAGAUGCUCUUGUAUUUCGUCAGUAUACUAGCAAAAUUUACAACAUGGAUUGUCAUUUCGGCAUUUCUCUGUUUUUCAUCCCUUUUGAUCUGCAGUCGUCAUAACACUUUUUUUUUAUGUGAAUUUUGUGUUUCCCUAUGCCUGAUACAACUGGUUGCUUAUUGAGCCCUGAAGAAAAGCAACUUUGCCUUUGAUGAAAUUGUGCUCUUUGUAAUUUACAACUGUACCUCACAUUUUAAUCACAAUCGUGUAUGUAAUGGCACAGAGCUUCCAAACUUUGUACAGAAAGAAAAAUAGGACGUACUAGCUUUGAAAUCAUAAAGAAUUGUGGAAUUUUAACAAUUUAAACAUCUACUACUGAAAGGAAAUUAACAGUGUGUUGAAAAUAUCAAUCUUCACGUAAUAGGGUUUUGUCUUUUUUCCCCCCCCAUAUAAUACUUUCCUUCCAUUGCAGAAUCAAUAAGCACAUUUCAAAAAAAAUACACCUGAAACUAAAAUUUCAGUGUUUUGAAACUAAUCUGAUAAUUUGUAUGACAAAAAUCCAAUAUUUGCAAGCAUUUGUGGUGCCAGUAAUGUGAUAUCAAAUUUUUAUCUGAAAGGUGUUCUCAGAUACAGACAUAGUGCCUUAUGUACCAGGCUUUGCUGUACAUAUAGGAUUAUUAAUUGUUUUCCACAUUAUUACUUUUGACUUCUAGGUACAUUUUCAGAAUAGUGAAUGUUUUACUCACCAUAAUAACAUUUAAUUUAUAUAAGUUUUUGUGCGCUGCUCGUGUGAAAUCCUUUUUGUUGUUCUCUGCAUCAAGAAAUGAAUGUGACUUUUAAAUUUGUGACAUUCGUUUCCAUAUUAAUAUUAAUAUUCCAUUCAUUCAUUUGUUGGCGUGCAUGUUGUUAACAUUAAACGUGUAUCUAGAUUUCAAGAGUCAAAAUAGUUUCAUUUAUAGCCAGCAUGUUGGGGUAAAAAGAUUUAACGUAGGUGAUUUUUACAAAAAAUUAAAUGUUUAGAAUACACCGUUAAGUAAUAUAAGUUGUGCAUUCCCAGAUAAUGUUCAGUAUUCAUGUCAUUAGCCUUCACAUUGAUAGAUUUGCAGGAUUUAUCCAUAUAUUUAUUCUGUGCAGUCACUGGUGUGAGUAUUCUUGUUUGGAAAAUUUAAAAUGUGGUCUGAAUGUGCCCUUUUCUCAGAUUUUGUGCUGGAGGAGGCAAGAUAAAGACUUGCUAACCACCAUGAGUUGUUGCAUGUCCUUUUAUUUUGUUUCUGAGGUAUAACAUUCAUAAUGUCUGCACUAAUAGAUGUGUGCGUGCAGUACAUUCUCUGUGUGGCAUACAAAUCUACAUCCAGUAGGUAAGGGUGACCUAAUAGACAGUGGAAUGUUAACACUCAUCACAGGACUGGCAGAGCUCUUGAAUUACCUCUAUUGUUGUGUGUUAAUUGACAGGACAUACUGGGACCAAAAUCCAAAAUUUUCAGGCUUUUUUCCUGAAUGAAUUUUCACUCUGUGGCGGAGUGUGAGCUGAUAUAAGAUACCUGACCGGAUGAGACUUACAUGAGAGAGAGAGAGAGAGAGAGAGAGAGAGAGAGAGAGAGAGAGAGAGAGAGAGAGAGAGAUAUCAGCUAAGCCUUACUAGUCACAAAUCUAACACGAUAUUUAUGACUGCUGCAGUUUCCCAUUCCAUUAUGAAAGUGAGUGUCUAAUACUCUGUCAUUAUUCCUUUAUCACAAGUCUGUUGUUGCAUUUAGAGAAAUAUUAAAAAAAAUAUCAGGGUUGAGAGUAUAAAAUUUGUUGAAUAUAUAUUUUAUUUGGAGCACCUCCCUCGAAUCAUGACUUUUAGGAAGAUUCCUAGAACAGACUAAGCAAAAACACGUUGUUCCUCACAAUAUAUAGUUGUGCAUUGCUGAAAUUCCACAUAAGCAUAAACUUAUUAAUAGAAGUUACAAGCAAUUUUCAAUAGGAAGUUGUUGCUCGCCUACUGUGUAGAACUCUAGAAUAGUUCCUUUACCAAAAGGAAGAGGGGGAAAAUAACAAGCAGAAGGUGCAAGAUGAACAGGUGUUCAAGCAGAAUUUGAGGGAUUUU